GAGGAUGAGGAGGAGGAGGAGGCCGACCGAGUAGAAGCAUGAAGAAUAUCCCCGGUAUCUAAACUGACAGACGGGGAGAGUAUCUCGUCUUGCCUCGCUCAUUCGGGGCUGACUGGACGCGGAGGGAGGCAGCGAGGCAGAGGACAGGAUGGAGGAGAAAAAGCCGUUUCUUUGUGGGGUGGUGGAAGGUUUCUAUGGGAGGCCAUGGUCUAUGGAUCAGAGGAAAGUUCUCUUCCAAUGGAUGCAGCGUUGGGGGUUAAAUACCUACUUAUAUGGCCCAAAAGAUGACCUAAAACACAGACUGUUGUGGAGAGAAGUAUAUUCUCCUGAAGAAGAAGCUCAGUUGCGUACCCUCAUAAAGGAGGCCCAGUCAAGGGGCCUGAGGUUUGUUUACGCUCUCUCUCCUGGUCAGGAUAUCGUUUUCUCUUCUUCCUGUGACUUGACACUGCUCAAACGCAAGCUGAGACAAGUAUCAGACCUGGGUUGCCAGGCAUUCGCUAUUCUGUUCGAUGAUAUCGAUCACUCCAUGUGCCAGGCCGACAGCGAGGCCUUCUCUUCAUUUGCCCAUGCUCAGGUCACGGUAACCAAUGAGAUCUACCGGUUCUUGGGGGAGCCGCCAGUCUUCCUUUUUUGCCCCACAGAAUACUGUGGUUCUCUAUGUUCUCCCAGUGUAUCUAAGUCGCCAUACUUGCAGACAGUUGGAGAGGACCUUCUGCCAAAUAUAACAGUAAUAUGGACAGGCAGUAAGGUAAUCUCCAGAAAACUGUCUAUGGACUGCCUUGCUGAGGUGGAGUCCGUCCUUCAGCGCCCCCCACUCAUUUGGGACAACCUACAUGCCAAUGAUUACGACUCCAGACGUCUGUUCCUCGGGCCCUUUAAGGGUCGAGAACCUCAGCUGAGAAGCCAACUCAGGGGCCUCCUCCUCAAUCCCAACUGCGAGUUUGAAGCCAACUACAUCCCACUUCACACGCUGGGGAGCUGGUACAGAGCUGGAAAGGAGGAAAGAAAAGAUGAGGAGUGUGAGUACUGUCCUGAUCGAGCACUAUCUGCUGCACUACGUGACUGGAUGGAAGAAUUAAACCAACCACUACAAGCAGGUCGACAGAGCAGACAAGCAGAACAACGUUCUGCUGCUCCAGCAUCUCGGUGCAAAACACCAGACAGAUCCGAUUGUACAUCGACCUUCAGAGGGAGCUCUGCUGUGGCCAAACCCCUUCCUGUCUUCCCCCUAAACUCUGGUUCACCUCCCUCAUCACCCACAAAGGCCAAGGGGGAGAGGGAGGGACGGGAUUUGGGGGAAAAGAAGAGGUCAAACCAAUCUAGUCAACCUAACCACCAGGGUCCAGGGUCCAGGGCUGGAGCACCUGCUGGUGGAGGCAGAGGUCAGAAGGCCCAGGGUCGGGUACCCAGUGGUGGGAAAGGCCUUCUGACUGAGUCCCAGGUGCGGCUGCUGGUGGGUCUUCAUUAUCUGCCACAUGAGCACGGACCCUCUGCACAAAAACUGCUGCAGGAUCUGACCUGGCUGAAAUCAAACUGCCACCUGGUCAGCGCUAACAGCAAGAAGGCUGCACCUCAGAAGAUGGAUGAGUGGCGUGGCCGAGCGUCCCGGUUCCUGUCAUCGUGUGAAGAUAUAGCACAGCUCCACUGCAGCGUGGUAGGCGGAGCCAACAGGGCUGUGCUCUAUGACCUUUAUCCUUACGUAUGGGACCUAAGGAACACGGCCCUCGUGGCAAAGGCUUUUAUAUGUUGGCUGGAUGGACGAGUGCUGAGUGACAGCUCCACUCUGGGGUCCUGGAGGAACUGCUUCCACUGGUGUGGGAAGACCACCGGGGCCGACCUGCUGGGAGUAGAGUCAGAGCCAUGGGUGUUCAAAGGCGGUGUGUCUGGAGAGGUGCAGAUGCUCCUCCCAAUUGGCAGCAGCAGUGAACUCUUCACUCACCCUCCUCCUCUCUUCCCUACCUCUCGUCUUUAUAACAUUAGGCCCUACCACAGCAAAGACAAGGUGGAGUUGUAUCGGAUGGUGCGCCAGCUUCACCUGAGGACUCAGGGUGGCCAAGAGUCCAGUGUUGCUCAUCCAGAUGUCAUAGGAGACAGAUGUCUUGGACCAUGCCUGGCACUGUGCCCUGAGUACAGCUUCAUCUUGGAGGAUGAGCUGGGUGUGUGUGGCUGUGUUCUGGGCAUCCUGGAUGUACGGUCAUUUGCUAAGAGGUGCCAGGCCAGCUGGAUGCCUGCAAUGCGGGACAAGUACCCACCCAAAGUGGGCAGCACACAUCCCAACACACAGGACUUGAUCCAGUUAAUGGAGGAGGACCAGGGAGAGUACCCAGACUCCCUCCUUUAUCAUUUCCCCUCUCAGCUGCGACUGGAUGCCCUGCCUGAACUGGUGGACAUAAGUGUUAGCCGGACCCUGCUAACCUCCCUCCUAACUGCGCUUAAGGCCAACGGUUCACAGGGUGUCUUUUGUGAGGUUCAGCCAACAGAUCGUCAGCGGCUGGAGUUCUUGACAAAAUUGGGCUUCCUAGAGAUCCUCAGAGGAGAAGCCAGGAGCAGAGAGGGAGUGGUGCUUGGAAGGCUGCUGUGAAUUCAGAAACAAACCAACAUGCACAUACACACAGUCUUCAAA